UGCUUUCUAUAAGAUUUAAUGGAGAGGAAGUCGCCAUAUUUCAUAUCAAACUGGUGUUUGAAUGAAGUUCAAACAGGUGUUUGAUUUCUGCUUCAAAUCCAUUUGUCUUCCACCACAGUGCCCUGUCUUCAGGGCAAUUCUGGGAAUUGCAGUUGCUAUGGUAGUGGAAUCAAGCUCAAAGGGGCAUCAAAAGCAAUGAGCAAAUGUUUUUAUGAGUGAUGUCAGGUUUCUGAUCCUGCUGGUGAUUCAGCAGCUAGCAAGAGAGACAAAUGAGGAAGAGAUCUAACACCUGCCCUGAAGAGAAUUCCCCCCACAGAAGUGAUGAUGCGGGCAAGGAGGGCCCAGCUCAGCAAGGCUGGGGAGAGUGUUGGGUGUAGCAGCUGAGACUGAUACCACCCUGUUCAUGUAGGGAGAUCUCUUUUCAAACGAGUUUUACCUUACCUUUUUAAAAAAUUUUUUUGAAAUUUUACUUACAGAGGGCCAAGUUCUUAUCAUAUACCUUCUUUACUUAAAACUUUAAAAAUGCAUUCAUUUCUACAAAGAAAAUAAGACUAACCUUUGUAAAUUUUUUUAUGGAGUGCUUUGCCUCCUGCUGUUUGCUCUCCGAGGAAACCCUCUUCAAAUAUCAUCAUGAAUUGUUACUGAUUUCCCUCCUACCCUGCCACCAAUCAGUAUAAUAAAUAUGUGCCUGCCCAUCCUGUAAGUCUUAUAGAAGGCAGAAAAAAAUCCUCUCUUAUGACAUGUUUUUUACCUCAUGCUGUAGUGGUGUGUUUGUAGGAGACCCUUGAAUUCACAGACAUUCUUAGCAUGGGUAUGCAUAUUAGCACUGAGUGCCAAUCCAUAUUUCCUAUCAAACUGAUUUAUAACAAUAGCACGAUAUGAAACACUGGAUUCCAUACUAGACCAUUCAUUGUGGAUGCGUGAAAGUCUAUAUACAUGGAGAAAUGCCUCUGUGCCUUUCUCCCAUGUAUUAUACAUACAAUAGAGACAGAACAGGAAGUUGAGAUAUCACCGCAAACUCAUUGGAGAACCCUUCAUAGGCUUUGCUUGGACGAGUGGCCAGAGAGGCCUAGAAUGUUUUCUUUUUCUAUUUAUCAGAGAGAACAAUGGGAUCUAUGCAAAAGCAGUUAAGUUUGGGCUGCCUUUAGAAGUUGGCAGAAAACCCCACAACUUUGCUGUUCCAUUUCCUCCCAUUCCCCCAGUCAGAUUACAGCAUCCCUAAGGAUGGCCAAAGCCUCUACUACCAGUGACCCAUAGGGCUUCAAUACCCAAACCACCGGGAAAGACAACAGCAGGGCCUGGAAAUCACAUCCAGUGAAGAUCAUUGAAAAUCUGUCAUUGGUACCCAUUACCUGCCACUAAAAAUCUAAACAUUUUUGCAUAGCAUGUAAAAUUGAUAAUUAUCUAGUCUUUCCCCACUUACAGUCUGAGCAGGAGCCAUACCAAACUUCGGGAGGUUCCAAGACACAGCAUUCUUUUGUCCCCUGCUGGAUUUUGCACGUGCUAUCUGCUUUGACUGAAUUCUGCUAGAACUCCGGAAGCAAACUGGCAAUUCCAGGCCUCCCUGGACACUGUAUUCCAAUAGCAGUUCUUUUGAGAACCUUCUCAGACCCCUUCUUCUGCACAUUCUCACACGAUAUCUUCAUUCUGGUUGUCCCCAUUGUCCAUCCUUGUGAGCGUACCCAGUAAUAUGUGCUUCCUCUGUGCCAUUAUUUUGUCCACAUGCCAGUUCUUCCCUGCAGCUGGAGUGAGCUCUUGGCUCUUAAUUAGCUCUGCAUUUUGAGUCUGACGUCUGGUGCCUGACUCCUAAAACGGUCUAUUGAAGGAAGAAUUAGAUUCCUGUGCUGGUCUGCAGAUCACACCAGGAGCGUCAUGGAACACUACACCUUGAAAUAUGGGCUGUAAGGAAAAUCUGUUUUCUAAGAACGGUGGCACCGACCUCAUUCCUAGCCUACCAACGCUGGAGACAAAACAGAGCUUAAGCUCAGUGAUCCCAGAACCAGUCGGGGAAGAAGUGUCAUCUGAUGUCAGCUCACCCACUUCAACUCACUUUCCUGAAAACACUGUAACCCCUGCACCAGAAGCCAGUAACCUCCUCUUAACCUCCUAGAUACUAGGAAAUCCACAUUCAGGGUGUCUGAGUUGUAACUUUUCACCGGGAGUGGCUCAUUUGGACUCUUGAAGCCGAGCCAGAGGAUAAAACCCGUCCUGUGCCUGCUUCUCCUGAGGCUCUGGGGUUCCUCCCUUCUGUGCCAGACCACGAGGAGAGAUAGCGUGGGUAGCUGGGGAAGGCAGAGCAGCUAUCGGCUGGGCCAGGCGAGGCCCUGCUGGCCAUGGCCUCGGAGGCGCCCGGCGAGCGGCUGCGCGAGGAGGCCAGGUGCCCUGUGUGCCUGGAUUUCCUGCAGGACCCGGUCAGCGUGGACUGUGGCCACAGCUUCUGUCUCAGGUGCAUCUCCGAGUUCUGCGAGAAGUCGGACAGCACGCAGGGUGGCCUGUAUGCCUGUCCGCAAUGCCGGGGUCCCUUUGGGAUGGACAGCUUCAGGCCCAACAGGCAACUGGCCAGCUUGGUGGACAGCGUGCGGCAGCUGGGGCUGGGCGCCGGGCUCGCCGGGGUGCGCCAUUGCCCCCGGCAUGGCGAGGAGCUGAGCUGCUUCUGCGAGGAGGACCAGGUGGCGCUGUGCUGGAUCUGUGACACCACCCCUGAGCACAGGAGCCACCACACCAAGCCGCUGCAGGAGGCCGCCAGGUGCUACCAGGUAAAGCUCCAGAUGGCCCUGGAACAUGUGAAGGAAGAGAUGGAGGAGGCCUUGACUCAGGAGGCCAAUGUGGGGAAGAAAACUGUAAUUUGGAAGGAGAAAGUGGAAAUGCGGAGGCAGCGCUUCAGGUUGGAGUUUGAGAAGUAUCGAGGCUUCCUGGCCCAGGAGGAGCUACUGCAACUGAGGCGGCUGGAGGAGGAGGAGCGAGCCACUCUGCAGAAGCUGCGGGAGAGCAAGAGCCGGCUAGUCCAGCAGAGCAGGGCCCUGAAGGAGCUGGCUGAGGAGCUGGAGGAGAGGUGCCAGCGCCCAGCCCUGGGUCUGCUGGAGGGUGUGAGAGGAGCCUUGAACCGAAGUGAGAGUGUUACAAGGCUGGAACCAGAGACCAUCCCCAUGGAGCUGAAGACAAUGUGUCGUAUCCCUGGCAUGAGGGAAAUGUUGAGGAAGUUCCAAGUCGAUGUAAAGCUGGACCCUGCCACGGCCCACCCUAGUCUCCUCUUGACUGCUGACCUGCGCAGUGUGCAGGAAGGAGAACUGUGGAAGGUUGUCCCCAACAACCCCGAGCGAUUUGACACAUGGCCUUGUAUCCUAGGUUUGCAGAACUUCUCAUCAGGGAGGCAUUACUGGGAAGUUGUCGUGGGAGAAAGAGCAGAGUGGGGUUUAGGUGUCUGUCAAGACACCAUGCCAAGAAAAGGGGAGGCCACACCGUCUCCGGAGAACGGGGUCUGGGCCAUGUGGCUGCUGAAAGGGAAUGAAUAUAUGGUCCUUGCCUCACCGUCAGUGCCUCUCCUCCACCUGGAACGGCCUCGCCGAAUUGGGAUUUUCUUGGACUACGAAGCAGGCGAAAUCUCCUUUUACAAUGUCACAAAUGGGUCUUACAUCUACUCAUUCAGCCAACUGUUCUCUGGUCUCCUCAGACCUUAUUUUUUCAUCUGUGACACGACGCCUCUUAUCUUGCCACCUAUAACAGAAGCGGAGUCAGGAGACUGGGCAUCCAGGUGUCUUCUUGACUCUGCCUCUAGUGUUAGAGACGAUCAUUCCUAAAAUUCUGUUCUUGACAAUUUUAAGCCUAGCAAAGUUUCCUGGAGUGGAGUGGGGGAUACAAAUAUGCUAAGCUUCAACAAAUACCCCCAUUUAGAUCAUGACUGUAAUCUUUAUUGCUGUGGAAAUUUUCCCAUAGGGACAAAACAGAAAAUAUGAAAUAUUUGCAUUUGGAGGAGCGUUGUAGAACAUAAUAAUUUUAGAAAUGGGGCACUCUCAUCACUCUUUUUCCAAAUGGCUCCAUACAUUCUUUUUUUUAUUAUUAUUGUUUUUUGCUGCUUUAUUAGUUAUUCUGGGCAUCAAGGGGAUAGAACUGAGGUUGGAAUGCCACCAAAACCAAGGACGCUUUCUCUCCAUCACAGUCUCUCAGGGACCACCUGAGAUCAUUAAAUCUCCCAUGUCCAUUUCUUUCCCCCAUCUCUAUUUUUUGAACUGAGUCUUUUAUUAGACUUCUUUGAACACAGGACAGAAACUGAUCGUAUUAAAAUGGAGCACCAAGUUUCACAUGUACACGGGCAGCUUACCAGCUGGAAUUUGGAUACCAUUUCUUUAUUCUGUAGAGUAAAGAUAAUUUGAUGUUGA